CAAUGACUUCUCAGCUUCCUUUCCAUCUAAAUCGCUUUGCUUUCAAGUUUCACCUUCAAUGUUCUCGGGUUUCUUUGUGGGGUACACGUUCUCACCGAAUUAAUGAAGUCAAACAUGCCAAGAAAUGUGGAUUUCGUCCAAUACAUGCAAAAUCCUCUCCAACUCUUGAUUUAAAGGAGGUGGAAACAAAGGAAAUAAGAGAGAAGAUAAAAGUGGUGAAAUGUAUGUUGGGGUCAAUGGAAGAUGGAGAAAUAAGCGUGUCAGCAUAUGACACUGCAUGGGUUGGUCUGGUUAAAGAUGUUAAUGACGGAAAUGCCCCUCAGUUCCCUUCCUGUCUUGAAUGGAUUGCCAAUAAUCAACUUCCAGAUGGUUCUUGGGGUGAUGCUAAUUACUUUUCACCGCGUGACCGUCUUCUUAAUACCCUCGCCUGUGUUAUUGCUUUCACUCAAUGGAAUUUGCACCCCCAAAUGUGUCACAAGGGGCUCACAUUCUUUAAGGAAAAUCUAAGCAAGAUUGAAGAUGAGAGUGCCGCAGAAGAUCUAGUUGGUUUUGAAUUUACUUUACCUUCUCUUCUUGACUUGGCUCGAAGUAUGAAUAUUGAAGUGCCGGAUGAUUCUCCUGUCUUGAAAGAAUUAUCAGCUAUCAGAGAUCUCAAGCUCAAAAGUUGCAGUCAAAAGAUGGUUCAUUCUUAUUCUCUCCAGCGUCCACAGCCUACGCUUACAUGCAGACCAAAGAUGAAAAUGCUCUCAACUAUCUCCACAACACUGUUCACGUUUGUAAUGGUGCAGUUCCAAACUCUGUAUCCCAUAGACUUGUUUGAGCGGAGUUGGACAGUUGAUCGUUUGGAACGUCUCGGCAUUUCAAGAUAUUUUGAGCCGGACAUUAAAGAUUUUAUGACGUUUAUCUCAAGAUAUUGGACCGACAAGGGUCUUGGUUGGACAAGAGAUUCGGGGGUUCCAGAUAUUGACGAUACAGUAAUGGCAUUUAGGUUACUUAGGUUACAUGGUCACCGAGUUUUACCCGAUGCACUGAAGCAUUUUGAGAAAAAUGGUGAGUUCUUUUGCUUUCCCGGAGAAACAAAUCCGUCAAUGUCAGCAACAUACAAUCUUUAUAGAGCUUCUCAGGUGCUUUUUCCUGGGGAAAUGAUUCUUCAGGAUGCCAAAUAUUUUUCCUUCAAAUUCUUAUCAGAGAAGCGUGCCUCUAAUGAGAUAUUUGAUAAAUGGAUCAUCACAAAAGAUUUAAUUGGCGAGGUGAGUUACGCGUUGGAUGUGCCUUGGUAUGCAAGUUUACCGAGAUUGGAGACAAGAUUUUACAUAGAACAAUAUGGUGGUGAAAACGUUGUUUGGAUUGCAAAGACACUUUACAGGUUGCCUAGUGUGAACAACGAGAUUUAUGUUGAACUUGCGAAAUUGGAUUACAACAAGAGUCAAGCAGUGCACUCUGCAGAAUGGGAGAAAAUCCAACGAUGGCACUCGGAAACAGGAUUGCAGGAAUUUGGAGUGAGCAAAGAGAGUCUUCUCCAAGCUUAUUUUGUGGCAGCAGCUUGCAUAUUUGAACCUCAAAGGUGGUUAGAGCGACUCGCAUGGGCUAAAACCGUAACUUUGAUUCAGGCAUUCAAGUUCCAUAUCAACCAUGAUGAAGCAAGAAAGUUCAUUCUAGAACAACUCAAUAACAACUUUAACCGACAGGACUUGUCAAACAGGAGGCUUGAUAAGAUCAACAAAAACGAGCAACUUCUUGGGAUUUUGCUGAUAACUCUUGACUAUCUUGGAUUGGAGUUCUUUCGAAAUCAUGGACAGAAAAUUUCCCAUCAUUUGAAUCAAAUUUGGCAGAGUUGGUUGUUUAGUUGGCAAAACGAAGGAAGCAGCUCCAAAAGAGAAGCAGAGUUGAUUGUGCAAACUAUAAAUUUAAUGGCUGGUGAUUGGUUACAAGAGCUACAGCUAAAUCCUCAGUACCAAAUAUUACUCAAAGCCACUAACAAAGUCUGCCAUAAGCUCAAAGAUUAUCAAAGUGAGAAGGGAAAAAAUGAACUGAGUAUUGCAACCAAAACCACCACUACACCAGAAAUAGAAUCAGAAAUGCAAGAGUUUGUGCAAAUAGUGCUCCAAAAUUCCCAAGAUGGCAUUAAGAGCUCAUUCUUCUUGGUGGCCAAGAGUUUUUACUAUGUUGCAUAUUUUGACUCUCAGACCAUUAUGUCUCACGCUGACAAAGUUCUAUUUCAGAAAGUGAUGUAAUAAAUUAACAUAUUUUACUUUUUCAGUGGAAUAUAUAGACC